AGCUUGGUCUGUCUGUCUGAGGCAGCGGUGAGAGCAGAGAGCCCUGAGCUCAGGCGGUGUUGGGUUUUAAUCAUACCAGAGGUUGAGGUGAGGGGGAUUUCCAGGGUUCAGAACCUUGAUUGGCUGACAUUUGUCUAGGGUUAUAGGGAAUGUUUGGAAUGUCAGGUAUUUCCUCUUAGAUGCAGGCCCCACUGGGUGGGGUCAGCUUAUGGCUCUUCCUGGGUCCAGUUGUUGUCUGUCAGAAGCUGUGUCUGGGCCUCUAAGCCUGUCAUGGCAGCUGUGUGGUCAAGUUGUUUUGGGCCCCCCACAGCCCUCAAUGGUCUGAGGACCGUGGCUGUAAUACUCAGCUCUUACCUUAAAGGGAAUAGAUGACUUUUUCUGAUCCAAAUAUGAGUGAACAUGGGUCCCGUUGCCCCAAAUACAAUGCUACAAUGUGGUAACCAUUUCAUGACUUUUUUUUUUUUUUCCUCGAGACAGGGUUUCUCUGUGUAGUUUUGGUGCCUGUCCUGGAUCUCACUCUGUAGACUAGACUGGCCUCGAACUCACAGAGAUCUACCUGCCUCUGCCUCCUGAGCGCUGGGAUUAAAGGCGUGGGCCACCAUACCGGGCUCAUGAUGUUUUUAUAGUUCAAAUCCUUUUGAGGGAACAUGAUAAUGCACGCAGGCUCUGACUCCCAGCACUCCAGAGGGAGAAGUAGGGGGGCCUCUGGGAGUUCCAGGCCAGCCUGGUGUAUAGAACAAGCUCUGGGCCAGUCAGGAUCAGGCAGUUUACACAGGUUCAGGGAGGUGACCACCUCCGAACGACAGAAGAUUGGUUUAGACAAGUCCCUGGGGGUAUUUACUUGACUGACAUUUUUUCAGACUCUGCCAGCUGACUACUGUUGCACUACACUUGGGAAAGUGAUCCCGGGUUGUUAGAAAGCUAACUGAGCAAGCAAGCCAAGGAGAGCUAGCCAGCGAGCACUUCUCACCCCCACCCUGGCCUCUUCAUCAGUUCCUGCCUCCAUUUCUUGCCCUGACGUCCCUUCAGGGUGGGCUACAAGUUGAGAUAAAUAAACCCUUUCCUCUUCAUCACAGCAGUAAAAACCUAACUGGCACAAUACUCUAUGUUCUACAGUAUCAAACAUUUAGUCAGGAUUUACCAAGCAUACUAGUGCGCAGAUUUGCCGUCAUCGUUAGAAAAUGAUAAAAUUACAAGUAAGCCAAAGAAUUACCUUGCAAUUUUUGGCUCGUUAAUGUUUGAUUUGUGUAACUACUUUAUAUACCUAUACAUCAGGGGUUCUGGGAAAAUUUCUGAGGCGAAAAGGGGUGAUGUGUUCAGGCGAGAAACAGUUUAGAAAGCGCUGUUCUAGGGAGCUGCUUAAGACUGGGAAAAUGGGGAGGGAGCAUCUCAUUUGGGCAUCGACCAAAUCCAACUGGAUGGGCAGAAAUGAGGGCAGCUCAGACAGCCACCUGGGGCUGCCCUCGGAGUGGGGCGGGCUUUCCCAACUGCAACAGCUGGGACAUGAUAACGUGGGUGUUGGCUUAGGAAGUGAAUCGCUAGACGCUGUGGGGAAACUGAGCAACUGUCUUCUGGUGCUGGAAAAAAGUACCCGGAGGCAAACGGUGCAGCGCGAAUGGCAAGGCUGGCUGUGCGGGGUCCGGGGCGCUAUGGAGCCAGGUGGCAGCUGCAGGGCGCAGCGCCGGGUACUGCAGCCUGGCUGCGCGCCCCCGAGGCACAGGCAGCUUUGCGCAGUGCGCAUUCCCGCGCGCUGCUCGCGGAGGCCGCCAGGGGGCGCAGCGGGGUCUCAGCGCGACCACCGUGCGGAGCGCCCGGCCGAGCCCCGGGCUUCCAGUCUAUUGAUGACUUGAACAAAUGGGCCCUGUUUCUUGUCUCUCCCUUCAUACUUGAGGCAGAGCACAUAGCAUUUGUGACAGAGAGCAUUUGGGCACAAGGCGACAGUUUCCAGAAGCCAUCGUCUCCAGAAACAGUUGUAAAAUGGUCGGACUGUUGUUUGCCGUUAGCUUGCCGACCCGGGGAUCCCUACCAAUUAAUUGCUAAAGCAAGCGUGGACAACUUCAGCAAGCUCGGGGUUGCGUUUAUGGAGGAGAGGCUCCAGAUGGAUAAUGGACUCAUAGCCCAGAAGAUUGUUUCAGUUCACUUAAAGGACCCCGCUGUGAAGGAAGUCAACGAGGCCUCCACCAAGCAAGUCCAAGCCCUGCCGCCGAACCCAGAACCUUCCCUCGAGGCUGAGCCUGUGCAGGGCAUCAUGGAGCAUGCUGGCCAAGGUGACUCAAGGGCUGCUGGUGAAGGCUCUUCCCUUCGGAGGAGGGGCUGUGCCUCUGGGGGUGAGCCUGCCGCGGAUGGCGACCUGGGGCAAAGCUCCGCUGAGCACCAUCAGCUCCACCUGUCCAGCUGCCACGAGUGUUUGGAACUUGAGAACAGUACCAUCGAGUCAGUGAGGUUUGCAUCUGCAGAGGACAUUCCAGAACUUCCUUUUGAUCACAGCAGUGGUGUGGAGGGUGCUGCGGAUGAACUCUGCCCUGAAAGGGGAGGGAGGAGAGUCAACAUUUCGGGAAAGGCACCCAAUAUCCUGCUGUACGUGGGCCCCAGUUCCGAGGAAGCGCUGGGCCGGCUCCAGCAGGUGCGGUCUGUCCUGACCGACUGUGUGGACACGGACAGCUACACUCUCUACCAUCUGCUGGAAGACAGUGCUCUCAGGGACCCAUGGCCAGACAACUGUCUGCUCUUGGUUAUUGCCACCAGGGAAUCUAUCCCCGAAGACAUACACCAGAAGUUCAUGGCCUAUCUCUCUCAGGGCGGGAAGGUGCUGGGCCUGUCUUCCUCUUUCACGUUUGGUGGAUUUCAGGUGACAAGCAGGGACAUGCUACAGAACACAGCCCAGAACUUGGUUUUCUCAAAGGCUGAUGGGAGUGAGGUACGGCUCAGUGUCCUGAGCAGCGGCUGUGUUUUUGAGGAAGGCCUCAACCAAGGCAAACUCCGGGGCCACCUAGAGAAUCCGGACAAGGACAGGAUGAUUGUGCACGUGCCUUUUGGAAGCCGAGGAGGGGAGGCCGUUCUCUGCCAGGUGUACCUAGAGCUCCCUCCAAGCGCUUCCGUGGUGCAAACCCAAGAAGACUUUAACGUGCUGAAGUCCAGCAACAUGAGAAGGCAUGAAGUCCUCAAGGAGAUCCUGACCACCCUCGGCCUGAGCUGUGAUGUCCGGCAGGUUCCCGCCUUAACACCCCUGUACUUGCUGCUGGCCACCGAGGAAAUCCAGGAUCCUCUGAUGCAGUGGCUUGAGAGGCAUGUGGAUCCUGAAGGGAUCAUAAAAUCCAGCAAGCUCUCCCUUAAGUUCAUGUCCUCUUACACAUCUGAAGUGGAAAUCAGCCCGUCUUCUAUUCCUGUGGUUACCGAUCCCGAAGCCUUCUCCUCAGAGCACUUUAACUUAGACAUGUAUCGACGAAAUCUGCAGACCACGCGGCUGGGAAAAGUAAUUCUGUUUGCCGAAGUGACCCCCACGACCAUGAGUCUCUUGGACGGGUUGAUGUUUGAGAUGCCACAGGAAAUGGGUUUAAUCGCCAUUGCUGUUCGGCAGACACAGGGCAAAGGAAGAGGCCCGAAUGCCUGGCUGAGCCCUGUGGGGUGUGCCCUUUUCACCCUGCUGGUCUCCGUUCCCCUGAGGUCACAGCUGGGACAGAGGAUUCCGUUUGUCCAGCAUUUGAUGUCCCUGGCUGUGGUGGAGGCCGUGCGGUCCAUCCCAGAGUAUGAGGAGAUCAACUUGCGAGUGAAGUGGCCCAAUGAUAUUUAUUACAGUGACCUCAUGAAGAUUGGUGGAGUUCUGGUUAAUUCAACACUUAUGGGAGAAACGUUUUAUAUCCUUAUCGGCUGUGGAUUUAACGUGACUAACAGUAACCCUACCAUAUGCAUCAACGACCUCAUCGAAGAGCACAAUAAGGAGCACGAGACAGGCCUGAAGCCCUUACGAGCCGAUUUUCUCAUAGCCAAGGCGGUGACUGUGCUGGAGAAACUGAUUGACAGGUUUCAGGACCAAGGGCCCGAUGGCGUCCUUCCUCUCUAUUAUAAAUACUGGCUGCACAGUGGUCAGCAAGUCCGCCUGAGCAGCACCGAGGGGCCACAGGUGUCUGUUGUGGGCCUUGAUGAUUCCGGAUUCCUGCAGGUCCAUCGGAAGGGUGGUGAGGUUGUGACCGUGCAUCCAGAUGGCAACUCCUUUGACAUGCUGAGAAACCUCAUCCUGCCCAAGCGACAGUAGCGCAUGUCUCCAGACAGCUUGGAUCUGCCCUGCCGCAGCAGCAAGCCACACGGGAAAGCUCCUGGGCUGCUCCUGGGAGCGCUGAGCAAGCACCCUGCUUCCCUGGCUGUCGCCUUUGCCUGCCUAGGGCCCGAGAAAGGAAUGUAGAGCUGUAGGCCAGUGUCUUCUCCGAGUCAUUUGUUAGCUCUUCAGGUUAUUGGUUCCCUGCCUCCGCCCCUACCCCACCCCACCCCCGGGUUUGGGUUUUUACUUUGUCUUUUUAUAUCUGUGGUUGUAUUUGGUGUUUGAAGAUGCAUCUGGUGAGGAUGGACAGGUGAAGACUCAAUUUAGCUUUGGAGUUGGGUUUGCCUUGCACAGUGUCAAAGUGCUCUUUCCCACAUGGGCUUGGACUUACGUUUACUGGGAGAACAUGAGGGGCAGGGAGCUGGAAAUAGCAAUGCGGUAGUGCAAAUAUUUCCCAGGUAGUGAAGGCUGUUCCAACAACGAACGCGCUGAGCUCAGGCGAAUGCUGAGUUAGCGGCCCACCGUGACUGCUUGUGAGCCUCCAGAGGGGUUCUCCCAGAACACACGGUGGUGCUUAGGCACUGGGCUGUUCUUUGAUUUGGUUCUGGGGGGUUGUUGUUUUUCUUAAUCAAGGUGGGCUACCUGAAGAGUGGCUGCGGUGACCCCCGCGUGGCUGCGGUGGCCUCGGGGAGGAAGUAAGUUUCUCACUUUGCUCUUAUGCAAUGAGCACUCCUUCCCAGGGUCAGAUGUGUCAAGUUUUAGGCUUUUAAGCCAAGAUGGCACCUGCUUUGGAGGCUGAUGCUAAGCCCAGGUUGGAGAUAAAGGCUCACUGUUCUGCCCACAUGAGGGACGACUCUUGGAACUUUUAAGCCAGUCAUCGGCUCUGUUAGAAUGUGGAGCAUUCCGACAGGGCUGUCCUCAUGCGGAAUGGAGUGCGUGGCACUGUAUUGCAAGUCGAGAUUUUCUGCCCCCUAUUUCCUUUUAUUGUCAUGAAAGAAAGAGAUAUUGACUCUAAAGUUUGGAGGGGUGUGUGUGUGUGUGUGUGUGUGUGUGUGUGUGUGUGUGUGUGUGUGUGUGCAUGCCCGAGCGCGCUCACAUAUGACUUUAAAAGAGAUGUUCAAACUCUGAUGUGUCCAUAGAAGAACAAAGGAAAGGAAGCCUUUCUAGGUUUGUUUCCAGAUGUACGAGUGCUUCCCAUGUACCUCCCGUCUCUGUGGAGUUUGUGAACUGCACCCAUUACCACCCAGCCUUAAAGAACCAAUUCCUGUCUGCUCUCCCGCUUCCUGCCCAUCGGACUGCAGUCGGUGGAAAGGAAGCAACAGAGCGCAAAGCUUUGAACAAGAUCCCCUCAUCGUGAAUGAGCACCAUUUUUAUCCAGGUCUUACGUAGUCAGGCCAUACUCCAGAAACCUGAGGCUUUCAGUAUAAAAACCCAUCCACCUUCAACCUAGCACAGACAACCCCACUUGAAGCAAGAAAUAACAUGGUAAAUUCCACCAACCUGACCUAUGUUUGAGGGCAUGUAACUUUAAAAGAACUUUAGAAAGUAACUUUUUUUUUUUGCAAAUAAGACUUCAACUAAAAAUUUUCUCAAAAAGAGAUUGUGUGUGUGUGUGUGUGUGUGUGUGUGUGUGUGUGUGUGUGUGUGUGUGUUUAUAAUUUUAGUUCAGGUCUUUUUUUUUUUUAAUUCAUGCGAGUUUAAAUAAAACUCUACACCACCCCGAAAUUACAAAAUGACCGACCCUUGAGAGGGCGUCUGUGAAAUGUCAUCGAGAACGAAGAUCUCCAGGCUGAUGUUGUAAGCUUCGUUUCUCAGACUUUGUAAUGUAAGUCCCGCUGUCUCCCAGGACAGCCGUCAUUGCAUUUUAAAUUUCUUUGGGGGAUUAUUUAAUGAAAAACAUGCUGUUUUGUUUUAAACUGAAAACCUAUUCUGGAUAGUUCUACUUUGGGAAAAAAUGUUAUCAUUUAAUUUCCUUUCUGUAAGUUAAAACUAAUGAAGUGUGGUCAUGGCAGAGCAGACAGAGAUGUUCUGGCCCUGGCAGCCGGCCUCUGAGUAGUUACACUGUUUUGGGGUAUUCUCGAUUAUACAACGUGACACCCACUUGUCUUGAGAGAGAGAAAGAAGCCUUGAAGCAGAUGCUUCCCAUUAACCUGGUUUUGCCUCACGUGAACCAAAGACUUCAAAGUCCACAUCGUAGAGAGCAUUCUGCUGAUGGAGGUGGGGAGGCUGCCCCUGUACCUGCUCCAUGCAAGGGUAUCUGUAGACUCAGCAGCCUGAGAUCUCGAGGAACCCUACAAAGUCUUAAGGGAAUCUUUGCUGUCUCCUCACCUUGAGAUGUGGCCACCUAACUCAGAAUCUGCAUAUGCUUUAGAGCAGGUUACUCCUGAUGUAAAGCUGCUUACAUAUCCCCCACACCCCCCAGCCCCGUGUCGGAAGGCACACACAGCAAAAACUGGGUUUCAUAUGACCCAGCUAGAGCAGUGAGGGAGCCCUGGCAGGGAGGGCUGGAAGUGGGAGAUGUGUGUCCUGUGGAUCUCAAUGUGCACGAUGACAUGACCCAGUGUGGAGGCAAUGUCCUGUCUGCAGCGUGGUCAGAUACACACCCAGUGAGGGACCACAGACUGGGGGUUCCCCUAUACCUAGCACACUGUGUGGUAGUCCCCUGGCCUAUCUCACAGGGCGCUUCCAGAGUGCAAGAGGGGCAUCUUAGGAGCUUUGCUUUCCCAACCUGCCAGAAAUGGGACGUCCUCAUUCCUGGUUCUUCACUAUGCAUCUUUGAAAUAAACAAAAAUGUAAACCUUUGCUAUUUUUUAUUUUUUAGCUUUUCAAAGAAUCAUCUCUGAAAAGAAUUACUGUAAACCAAUGCCUAUAAAGCAAGUCUACCAAAAUAAACUUUUAAGAUUUUUCACUAUGA